AAGAGUCAAUGUGACAUGGGGGAAGACUCAGCUUGUUAGGUGAGGGGGAUCUGUAGCUCAGAGAGGAGGGAGUUUAUUUGAAAGUUCAGGGCUAUUAAUGUCACACAGAGAGGUGAAGAUCAGCCACACUAAGUGAGGACAGCUUCCAGGAGACCAGGUUUGUUGUAGUUCACUCCCUUCCCAGAUCUUCUUACUGCAAGAGAGCAUGGAGAUCACAGAUAUGAACCGCCUCUUUCUAGUCUUCAGCAUUCUGACAGUGACUGUGGUAACAAUAAUUGUAAUACCAACACCAACACAAGUAAAAUUAGCCCAGCAAUUCAACCAGAUGAGCAUAGAAACUGCACCAACCUUUCUGGUUUUCCUGAACUCAGAAUAUGAGCCUUGUUUGGGGACCCUGAUCCACAAACAGUGGGUUCUCACUGCAGCCCACUGCUUCUUACCAUUUCUUGAGAUAAAUGUUGCGGCUUCAAAAGAGAAUUUUCAAAACAAGAUGGGGAACUUAAGACCCACAUUUAUUGUCCAACACCCAGAUUUUACCCGGGAUUCUGCUGAGCAUGACCUCAUGCUCAUCAAGCUGAAUCAUCCCCUAGAGCUCAAGGAUCAGGUCAAGCUGGUGGUUCUACCCAAUACCACGAAUGACAGAAGAGGGGAAAAGUGCACUGUCUCUGGCUGGGGCUGGGAAUGGAGGAAUUUCAACCCAGAACCUGAUAUCCAGAUAAACCAGACUGUCUUUUGGUUUUCUAAUGAUGACUGCCAAGAGUCCCUUGUAAGACAAAUUCCUAUUAAAAUCACAGAAAACAUGUUCUGUGCAGGAUCAUCUCUGGAGAACACACACUCAUGUAAGGAAUUAGAUGCUGUCCCAAUCCUGUGCCAAAAUCAGCUCCAUGGGAUCCUAUCUUGGUCAGCAGGGUGUAUUUUGAAAGGUGAUAUUGGCUACUACACCAAGGUGUCCCGCUAUACAGACUGGAUCCACAAAGUUAUCCACAGCAACUGAGCUCUCUCUGUUCCCUCUCCCAGUGGCCUCAGAACUGGGUCUACCAUCCUUGACCCUCUUUUCCCUUUAGCCUCAGAACAAGAUGGGAAUAGAGCCUUUAGCUAUAAGAAAUUUUCGGUUCCUUCUAUUAUUUUGACUUCUCUUAUCCUUUUUCAGUCCUAGCCUGAUCACCAAAGGAUUUGAGCUGGAUAACGUUCUCCUAAAUAAGCUACCUUCUCACCACUCUUUUCCUCUCCUCCAACUUCCUACUCACCUGCAAUGGUUUCCGCAGACUUUUAUGGAGAAGUUCUUCUCCAGCUCCUGCCAUCCAGAGGACAUAUGGGUCCCAGAAAUGUGACAGUGAGAUGUGGCAGCUUUAGGGUGUCUCCUUUGUUUCACACCACUUAGUGCUGAGUCAGGCCUCUGUGUCAGGCCUGUGUCCUCUCAUCAUACCCAUCAUACCUAAUAAGGCUCAGU